GUGACCACAAUUUAUGGACGAAUUUUGAGUAAUACUAAAGCGAUAUUGAAAACUUUCACUUACUUGUAAGAGUGACAUUAGGUUCGCAAAUUAGUAUAAGGAAUUAGGAUUGGGAUUUCUCGUUGGAUGUAAGGGUUAAGAACUGGAGUCACAGUAUUCAUUACGAACUGAUUUAAGUUGUAAUGUCAAAAUGCGACCUGACAUGUGGGUGGAUGAAUUUCACGCCGAAAUCUUUCAAUCAUAGAUCUGAUUGGCUCGUCCGUAUAUUAUCAUCUCGCCGAAUUGUUUACUUAUUCAGUAUUUACAGAAAAGUUGUCAUGAAUGACCUAAGUAAUGUCGAAUACUUGUCGAGGAUUCUAGAUAAUUGGUCUGCUUCUUCUGGGCAACUACGUCCAACAAAAAGUGACAGGAGUAACACUCUACAAGAAAUUUAUUAUCCCGUCACUUUGGGUAAUAUGACAGAAGAUACUAUGAAUGUGGUGAACAUGUUGAUCAGCAAACGAUUUUAUACAUUUUCACCACCUGCUUUCGGCAGUAUUAAACGGCCCGGUGAUGAUUUUUAUCCAUGGCAAUGUGUACUGGCUGAAGAAGCACCAGUACUUGCAACAACUGUUUAUCGUCAAGCCGUUGAUAAAGCUGAUUUUGAAUGUGUAAUAGAUGAAAGUGGUGAACUAUACCAACCUAGAACGACAACUUCAGUCAGGCGUUAUCAUCCAAAAGAUAACCCACCAACAAGUUUAGGAUAUUUAAAGACAUCAGUCAAACAAUUAUUAGAAAAUCUAAAUCCCAGUUCGAAAUCUUCGUUGAAUUAUCAUAGUUUAUUUAUUUCCCCAGUACAUCAAAAUCUAUUGGAAGCGCGCUUGAAACGUCUAAAAUUAGAAGAGAAAAUGCUAAUGCAAGCAGAGAAACUAGACAUGUUGGAAAGAAUAAGAAAACCACUACCUAGAUGAGAAAUUGCUGUUAUUUUGACGGUGAUAUUCGCAACUUUUUAUGUGACUGACUUGUCUUGCAGAGCACAAAGUUACUAUCAAACAUAAAUUACUCAUUACCAGGUUUUCAACAAUUUAUCAGUAAUAAUUUCAUUCAAAUUGUCCAGAGAGUUAAGAAUAUUUUGCAUCUAACCUCAAAAAUGAGACUACUGAAAAUUCGAUGAGCAAAUUACGUAAACAUUUAAGGACCACCGAUUACAACAAUCAAAUACUUUUGUACAUUUAAUACACUGAGUUGUUAACAUCCAAUCGUUAACAAGUUCACACCUAACCUUCAGGUACAUUGUUACUAAAAGAGAGUACAUAUACGUUUGUGUGUUUAUAUGGUCAUGACAAAUCAGUUAGGAGGCACAAAAAUGAAAAAAACACAUUAAAUCUAGCACACAGGGAUGCGGUUAUUGGAUUGCUAUGUUUUAAUCGAUUAAAAAUUUACCUAGUCUGCAACGGAACAAAGACUCUAGGACCAACGACCGGUAAGCUAGUUAUUCAGAUGCUUCCCAGCCCUGGUAACUAGAGAUAUAACACCACCAACAUGGGUGAAUACAGAAACACACGAAAGUACACAAUUAGAACUCCACAAUUUUUCUAUGAAGCUCGUAAGCAUAAUAAAUUAUUGAAAAGUCAUCAGUACUCAGAUUAUUUAUAUUAAAAUUAAUCUAACUUUGUAUGGUAGUAUCAUGUUUCAUGUUUUUGUACUUGAUAAAUGUAUUUGAUAUGUGUGAAAUACUUGGUAAUUGUUUAAAA